AAUGCUGGUCAUUGGCAUUUCUCUCCUCAAGAGCUGUCACGGUGACAGCUCUGUGCCCUGAUAAUCAGUGUAGCCCCAGCAGUGCCACCUGUCAGUGUCCAUCAGUGCCAGCUCUCAGUGCUCAUCCAUGCCACCUGCCAGUGCCACAUCAAUGCCACAUAUCAGUGCCUACCAGUGCACAUCAAUGCCACAUAUCAGUGCCCAUCUGAGCUGCCUUUCAGUGUCACCUAUCAGUUCUGCCAAUCAGUUCCACCUGUCAGUGCCGCCUAUCAGUGCCAGUCAGUGCCGCCUAUCAGUGUGCAUCAGUGCCUCCUAUCAGUGCCCGUCAGUGCUGCCCAUCAGUGCCGCCUAAUCAGUAACAGUGCCAGUCAGUGUCACCUAUUA